AGCGAUAACAUCCUCUUCUACCGUCCAGGCUAUCCAAGCCCAGUCAACAUUCUAUUUGGCCUGCCUCGUGUCGACCAGAGCCCGUCGCAACCCGACCUACUUGGCAUUGAUGCUCAGGUCGCCCUCCUAGCAUGUCAAAUCGUCGCUAACAAUGCCUUUGCCACCGGGUAUCUGGCGAGCGACGACAAGGGGACUCGCUGCGCCGACACUGACCCUGAUUCGGUCCUAACGCGGAGUGAAUAUUGUUUUUUUGUUCAAGGAGAUGGUAAGCACGAGUAUCCCGUUGUUCCCAGUUUUCGGGACUGGCAGUUCCCCCACGAUCGACUACCACCAUUCUGGCCCUUACAAACGACAGAAUCUAAAUCGACCUCGAACCGGCGCCCUGUUACCAACACAUCGUACGCCUUGACUGAAGCGCAUAUCAUACCGAGGGAAGAAACCGAGUGGUUCUUAAUCAAUGGGAUGCACCGAUAUGGUAGUGGACGAUAUGACAUUGAUGACCUAAGCAAUAUCGUUACGUUGCGGUCUGAUGUCCGUAUCUGUUUCGAUCGCCGAGUCUUUGCGUUUGUCCCCAAGCCAUACGAACAUCAAGUGAAAGAAUUCGUUGUACACAUACUUGAUCCUCGUCACACCGAUUUUGUUACGUCAUACCAGAACAGGACGGUAUACUUGUCUGAAAUGGUAAGCCCGGAGUACCUUUUUGCAAGGUUUGCAUGGGCCAUCAUACACCUCGUCAAACCUUUCAUCGUCGGCGGCGUCGACCGUCGAAUUGCAAUGUACAGCCGGGCUAAGACGGGGUCCGAUGAUGGUGGCGGUAAGGGACUCCCGAAAGCCAAGAUUGAGUUGCUCGAAGACGCAUCAUUGAUGGCUCUUUACGGAGGCGGUGGCAGUAGGAGUGCUAGUCCGCGGAAGCGAGAGGCCUCGAGUCCAAAAGACGAGUGCGAAUUUGACGAAUACGAGGAAAAGUCUGCGAAGGAGGCGUCAGAUGAUGACUGGUAUGCGGAACACCUUGAGCUCGUACUGGACAGAGAGAGUCCAAGAGGGAGGAAACGGCAGAGGGCGAGUAACUCUUUAACU